GAGUCAGGCCCAGGAAGGGUGAGUAACUACAUCCUUUGCUGCUGUUUUUCAGGAAGACCCAAAUGCUACUCACCGCACCUUGGACUCCUUCCCCUAAUAGUGCUUGGCCUAGUCUUCUUUAGCUAUGGGUUCCUGAGCCACAGAAGUCAGGAACUGGGAGACACAGGAGCUGUGACUAGCAUGGAUAUCAGAAAGCUGGAUGUCCAGGAAGUUGUAGCCCUGUCAAGGAUGACCUAUCCCCAGGCAAAGGUGCUAACACCCAGUAGGAAAGAUGUUCUUGUCUUGACUCCUUGGCUGGCUCCCAUCAUCUGGGAGGGGACCUUCAACAUCGACAUUCUCAAUGAGCAGUUCAGGCUUCAGAACACCACAAUUGGACUGACCGUGUUUGCCAUCAAAAAGUAUGUAGUGUUCCUGAAGCUGUUUCUGGAGACGGCAGAGCAGCACUUCAUGGUGGGGCACAUGGUCACCUACUAUAUCUUCACAGACAGGCCAGCUGAUGUGCCACAGAUGCCCCUGGGGACAGGACGCAGGCUGGUGGUGUUACCUGUGCGCAACUACACCCGCUGGCAGGAUGUGUCCAUGCACCGGAUGGAGAUGAUCAGCCACUUCUCAGAGAGGCGCUUUCUUCAUGAGGUGGACUACCUGGUGUGUGCAGAUGUAGACAUGAAGUUCCAUGACCACGUGGGUGUGGAGAUUCUCUCAGCACUCUUUGGCACCCUGCAUCCUGGCUUCUAUGGUAGUAGCCGAAAGGCCUUUACCUAUGAGCGCCGACCAAAGUCACAAGCCUACAUCCCCUGGGAUGAGGGUGACUUUUACUGCGGGGGCUUCUUUGGGGGGUCAGUGGUGGAGGUGUACCAUCUCACCAAGGCCUGCCAUGAGGCUAUGGUGGAGGACCAGGCCAAUGGCAUUGAGGCCGUGUGGCACGAUGAGAGCCAUCUGAACAAGUACCUGCUCUACCAUAAGCCUACAAAGGUGCUGUCUCCAGAGUACGUGUGGGACCAGCGGCUGUUGGGAUGGCCAUCCAUCAUGAGGAAGCUGAGAUACGUGGCCGUGCCUAAGAACCACCAGGCAAUAAGGAACUGA